UGCAGUGAUUCAUCGCGGGCAGAUCGGAGGCAGGAAAUGAGAGUUUGCCGCCUGCCCCGUGCCCGACGUGGGCUCGGGCUCGCCUGGGCCUGGCGUGCGGCAGCGGCCUGACGCCCACGGGCGCAGCAUCCCCGUGCUGCGGCGAGCGGAGCCCCCCGGGAAGGAAACCAAGCGGCGAAGGCCGAGAGCCGGAGGAUUUUCGCCUGCGUUUCUCCAGAGCCCCGCGAGCAAGCUGCCUGUGAGCGGGGGAGCGGGAGCCCACGGGGCUGGGCGAGCCGGGGCUGCAGUCCCGCGGGGGCUGCCCGCUGGCGGGGUGUCCGUCUGUCCCCCCUUGGGGACCCGCGGGGUGGCGGUGGGCUGGGGGGCUCCAUUGAGAAAUGGAGCGUGGGAAAGAGGGGGCGGGGCUUGGGGGCUGCCUGCCUGCGGAUUGGCUGGGGGUGGGGGGGGAGAGACCCCCAAAUAGUGCCGGAAAGGAGGGGGCAGCCCCGAGCUCGCACCCCGUUGGGAUGCGCCUGGGGCAGCCGGACCCCCGCUCCCCAUGGCUGUCCCCAUGGCUGCGGCGUGGCCUCGGUGCCACGAGUUGUGCAGGUCUCAGCCCGGCCGGGGGCUGCGGGGGGUGAAACCCCCUUGGGGCACCGCGGAGGGGUCGGGCACAGCCCUCGGGGGCAGCUGGAAAAGCUGCCCCAGACCCGCUGCCGCCCCCAGGGGUGCGGGGACCCCGGCAUCUCGCUGGGUGCGGGGCUGCCUGCACCUCGCUUCUUGCAUGUGUGUAUCGUGCUUGGGGUCAGGGUUUGGGGACCUCUGCAUCGUGCUUGGGGUCAGGACGUGGAUGCUUUCAGCAUGCUUGGGGCAGGGGCGUGGGACACUUGCACGGUGCUUAGGAGCACACCACUGGGACCCCGUUACCUUGCUCAGGGUCAGGACGCAGGGAUGCUUGCGUAGGGUUGGGACGUGGGGGACUUUGCAUCAGGGCAGGGGCUGGAUGUGGAGACGCUUGCAUGGUGCUGGGGGUCAGGACAAGGGGACCCUUGCAUGGCACUUGGUGUCACGUGGGGCCCCUCGCACGGUGCUCAGGAUGGGGUUGGGGUGCAGGAGUUUUGCAUCAGGGUUGGGGCUGGGACUCGGGGACCGUUUAUCAGAGUGGGUAUGGCAGGACCUCUGAAUCAGGGUGAGGAUUUGGGAACCUCUGCGUCGGGGUCAGGACCUGGGGACUGCAGCACCUCUCGGGGCUCAGCAGCUGGAAGUGGGGGGUGGUGGGGGCAGGUCGUGUCUCUCCGGUCCCUCCUCGCAGGGAUCCAUUCGCCGAGGCCCUGGGGCCCCCCACAUCGCCCCUUGCUCCCGCUGGGUGGCUGUGGGUGGCUUCCAAGCCAGAGCACAACAAUUCUGAUUCGGAUUCGGAUGCGGCGCUGGAGCUGUUUUAACUCCCCCUUGAGCUGCCCCGACCCGCUGCCAUGAAGAAGAAGACGGCCAACGGGAGGGGGCCGGAUCCGGCGGCCCCCCUGCCACGUGCCCGGGGCAUCGCCAAGCCGGCAGAGUACGUGGGCUCCUUCGCGGUGGAGGACCUGGACCUGCAGGGGCAAGCGGGGCGUCUGGAGGAGCAGCUGCGGGCGCUGAAGGACUGCCCCAGGAAAAGGUCGGUGGUGCUGAGGUUCAGCUUGCAAGGGCUGAAGGUCUACGGUGCUGACGGGGAGGAAACCUGCUUUGCAGCCAUGCAUCUGCAAAUAGGCUCGGGCCAGGUGUUGCUCACACCCUGGGGGUGCCGGGUCCCAGCCAGCCCCCCCUUGUCACCGCAGACGCUGCUGAUGGCGCACGCUCUGCGCCGGAUCCUGUACAGCACCUGGAGGCACGCUGAGCGCCAGUUUGCCUUCGUGGCCCGCAACCCCUACAGCCCCCCCAGUGCCCUCUUCUGCCACCUCUUCGUGGGCCCCCUGGGUGAGGUGCAAGUCCUGCACCUCCUGCUCUGCCGCUCCUUCCAGCUCGGCUACCUCCUGGCGCACCCCGAGGAGCAGGCGGGCGAGGGAGAGCUGCCAGGUGCCGGGGUGCUGCGGGAGCCGCUCAACCCUGAGGAGGUGUCGCGAAAUGUCAACGCGCUCGUCUCCUUCCGGCGCCUGCCCGCGCCCAUUGGCCUCGGCUCGCUGGGUGCAGGGGAGCGGCGGCUGGAGGCUGAGGGCCGAGCUGGGGGCUGGCGCCCGGGGAACCCCUACUGCUCCCCAGUCCUGGUGCGCAAAAAAGCCAUCCGCAGCAAAGUCCUGCGCUCGGGCGCCUACCGUGACUGCGGGGCUGAGAGCCAGCCACACCAGCCGCCCCGCGAGGCCGCAGCCUCGGGAUGGGAGAGCAAAGGGGUGCGGAGCCUGGCACUGCUCCCCGAGAACGAGAGCGUCCUGGCUGAGAGCGUGUGGGCCUUUGCCGGCAUUGCCAGGGACGGCGGCAUCGCACUGCUGCGCAGGGAUGUCCCCGGCGCCUUCCUGCUGCGCCCCGAGCCUGGCCUGGCCAAGCGCUGGUGCCUGUGGGUGCGGGCGCCCUGCGGCGUCGUCCCCUACUGCGUCUUCAGGACACCCCAGGGACGGUUCUGCGUGGAGGGUGUCACCGAAGGUUACAAUGGCACCAUAUUCGCCUAUGGCCAGACUGGCAGUGGGAAGUCAUUUACUAUGCAGGGAGUUGUGGAUCCUUCUACAGAGAAAGGCAUAAUACCUAGAGCAUUUGAACACAUUUUUGAGAGCAUCCAGUGUGCUGAAAAUACCAAGUUCUUGGUGAGAGCUUCCUACCUGGAGAUUUACAAUGAAGACGUACGAGACCUUCUAGGAGCUGAUACCAAGCAGAAGUUGGAGCUGAAGGAGCACCCAGAGAAGGGGGUGUACGUGAAGGGGCUUUCUCUGCACACUGUGCACAGCGUGGUCCAGUGUGAGCGGAUCAUGGAGACGGGCUGGAGGAAUCGAGCAGUGGGUUACACCCUGAUGAACAAGGACUCAUCCCGCUCCCACUCCAUCUUCACCAUCCAUAUGGAAAUCUGCACCGUAGAUGAGGGAGGACAAGACCACCUUAGGGCUGCAAAACUCAAUUUAGUGGAUCUGGCAGGAAGUGAGAGACAGUCAAAAACUGGAGCCACAGGGGAGCGGCUCAAAGAGGCCACCAAAAUCAACCUGUCCCUCUCCGCUCUGGGCAAUGUCAUCUCAGCCCUGGUCGAUGGCAGGUGCAAACACAUCCCCUACCGCGACUCGAAGCUGACCAGGCUGCUGCAAGACUCCCUUGGAGGGAAUACCAAGACCCUGAUGGUAGCAUGCUUAUCUCCAGCUGAUAACAACUAUGACGAAAGUCUCAGUACUCUGCGCUAUGCUAAUCGAGCAAAAAACAUCAAGAACAAGCCCUGUAUCAAUGAGGACCCCAAAGAUGCUCUGCUGAGGGAGUAUCAGGAGGAGAUUAAGAAGCUGAAGGCCAUUCUAGCUGAACAGAUGAACGUGAAUAACUUGUCAGGCCUUCUACCUGCCGAGACCGCUCACUUGGAAGUGAAGCCAGCUCCCCCCCUCAAACCCCAGCCAGAUGUUGAAGCAGAGAAGCAGCUGAUCAGAGAAGAGUACGAGGAGAGGCUGGCCCAGCUAAAGGCCAGCUACGAGGCAGAGCAGGAGUCCCGUGCCCGCCUCGAAGAGGACAUCAGUAACCUGAGGAACUGCUAUGAUCUCAAGCUGUCUGCUCUCGAGAAGAACCGCAGGAAGAAAGCAGUUGCCAUGAGGACUGAAACUGCUCCUGAUGAGACAUCUUUGCCUGAAGACUCUGUUGCUGCAGCGGAUGAAGAACCAACAUCAGUCAAGGACCCAGCAGCGCCUCAGACUGUCCAAGGCGCUGGUGGUGUGAGCAGGGGAAGCACUGGAGCAGAGGUGGCUGUCACCAUGGAGGGGAUUUCAGUGCCUGUAGACCAGCAGCAGGUGCUUGCCAGGCUGCAGAUGCUAGAGCAACAGGUGGUAGGGGGGGAACAGGCCAAAAACAAGGACCUCAAGGAAAAGCAUAAACGCCGGAAAAAGUAUGCAGAUGAGCGGAGAAUGCAGCUAGUGACUGCACUGCAGAAAUCUGACGAGGACGGCAGCGACUGGGUUCUGCUUAAUGUCUACGACUCCAUCCAGGAGGAGGUUCGAGUCAAGAGCAAACUUCUGGAGAAGAUGCAGAAAAAGCUCCAGGCUGCCGAGACCGAGAUCAAAGAUUUGCAGUCAGAGUUUGAGCUGGAGAAGAUUGAUUACCUCAGCACCAUCCGCCGGCUGGAGCGAGACUCGAUGCUCUUCCAGCAGCUGCUGGAUCGGGUGCAGUCCCUCGUCCGGCGUGACUGCAACUACAGCAAUCUGGAGAAGAUUAAGCGCGAGUCUGUCUGGGAUGAGGAGGCUGGCUGCUGGAAAAUUCCAGAGCCUGUCAUUCAAAAAACCCACCUGCCCGCAGCAGUUCCAGCACUGCCACAGUCUAAAUCUGCCAGAAAGAGCCCUUCAGCUGAGAGUGGAGAACCAACGCAAGAGGAAGACCGCUACAAGCUGAUGCUGAACAGGAGUGAGAGCGAGAGCAUUGCCAGCAAUUACUUCCGAUCCAAGCGAGCCAGCCAGAUUCUUAACACUGAUCCAAUGAAGAACCGAGCUCAGCCCACCGCUCCCUCGGGGCUGAACACCGCUUUGACCAGCACCUCCGCCACGCUGCCACCGCCAGAGCUGCCCCAGCCGCGUCCAUUCCGCCUGGAAUCGCUCGACUUCACGCCGCCGGCCUCCAAAACCACGUGGAAAAGGGGCAAAGGCGGCUUGGGCAGCGACGCCUCCUGAGUGUGGGGCCAGGGCCCCAAGGGACUGCGGGUGUGUGGGGAGCCAUGCGGGCCCCAAGGCUGUAACUCCGUCCCAACACGGGCAGCGUUGCCUUGGGGCUGGCGAGUGUGUCUGUGCGGUGCGGGCAGCCCUGCGCCUGGCCCUCGGCUGCUCUCCUCGUCCCUCUUGGUCCCCACCCCUGCUCUGCCCCCCCGUCCCCCUCCUGCUGGCCCUGGGCAGCGCGGCCGCCUUGGGCUCGGCCCGGGUUGAGGGGAAGCGGCGAGGCCGGGCCUCGAACCCCGGUCCCCAGCCCCAAACCCGGCCCCUCACCGCCACCCCCCCCA